AUGUCAGUGACGAUCCUUCCACAGGCACGAGCAUACAGCCCAUUGGCCAAUCGAGGCAGUCCUGCGCCGGCGUCACCUCAUGGAGGACAUUUUCGCAGCAUUCUGCCCAGCCGGCCGGUGGUUCAGGUGUCCCGAUCUCCUUCGCCUACUCUGGGUCCAGGUCGGACAUCACCCAUGAUGGUCUGGAGACAGGCAGCCACUGCAGCAGCUCCAGCUGGUCCAGCUGGAUGUAGCCAGGCACGGUCGCCACCCAGAACCAGAACGCUCGUACACAGUGGAAUUCCUUUUAGAGGGCCUUGCACUGGAGCGCAAGUGGCACCCCAGCCUUGGGCGUUGCGAGAUGCGCCGAGUCCGGAAGCCCAAGAUGAAGGUCGAACAGGUGCUGGAGCUUGGCAAGGCAGCUUGACAAGCAGAGUGGUCAAGGCUGAGAAUGUACCACAGCCUCAAGCCAAGUCGGCGAUGUCACCUAUGCGGACAGCUCGCAAACUGUCGCCAAAGAGCGGCCACGCAAUGUCACAGGAGGUGCUCCGCCCACCGGUUCCAGCACCAGCGCUGUCUUUGACCUUACCACCAGAUGGUCGAGAAGCGCGGGUGGCUCAUGUUCGCGAGUCCCUGCUCAAGCACAUACAUUGUGUUCAGCAAGAGAUUGCUCGGCUGCAAGAUGAGCGGCAUAAAUUGCCCUGUGCAGCAGCCCAGGUGCAGGGCAGAGCUCAAGAAGAGGAAGAAGCUGUAUGCAGGUUGCAGCACUGGUGGCGCUCGAAGAGAAAAGCAAAAGAAGGCUCGCGCAGAUUGUCCAAGAAGAUUGGUGAAAACGGUUCCACCGUGCUGCGGCCCCGACACUUUGCAGCUGCACGAAUUCAAAGAUGGUUUCGGAUCUACAGAUGGCGGAGAAGGUUUGUCGAAGUCUCUGUUCAGCAGAUCGGAUGGUUGGGAUCAUUGGCGUGGCUGCAGGAGGAAAAGCGCCUGUAUGGCACGGAGCUGGCAGACAGCGAAGAUGUCAGGUGGUGGUCAGAGCAGCGCGCGGCUGCUCCUUUGGACCGGGAGGUUGAUCCGUGGGGUGCACUCAAAUUGCGCGAACAUCUCGACAAGAUGUGGUAUGGGCACACGAACGAGAACAUCGCUGAGGAAGAAGAGCUGUUGCUGCUGCGCCAUCAUCAACAGAAGAUGCAGCGGAAGCAAAAGCCUCGCUUGCAGCAGCCUUCCCGGGCCCAGCCAAAGCUUCAGAAACAAACUGUGUGGCAAAUCUCGUCUCGGCAGAACCUCCAUGCUGCUCAGGCUGUGUCUCUGGAGGCACCUGUCGCCAAAUCGCGGCCUGUUGGUGCAGAAUUGUCCUCCGUGAGAGUCACUCAGAGAGGGUUGUCGGCAACGAUACCAAAAAACUGCAAAUCGUCAUCACUUUCACCGCGAUUCGAUGUGAGAAUUGCAAAGCACACCCCUGGUCUUGUGCGGAAUGGCAUCCCGCCACGGGCUCCGGCCCCGGGCUCAACGGCUGCUCCUACCAGGGCAAAGUCUCCAGUGACACGGCCAGGGACCAGCUGGGCACCAAACGUGAUCGCGAGCACAAGCCGCCCAAAUUUGACAGGCGUGCUGAAGCCAUGA